AUGGACUACUGACACGUCCACGACAUCGAGGUCUUCUACAACAUGGCGCUGCUCGACGCCGAGAUGGUCGGCUUCUGGGCCAAACUCCCGCUCAUGCGGGCGCUGCUCCUCGCGCACCCGGAGGUCGAGUUCCUCUGGUGGAUGGACUCUGACACCAUGUUCACCGACAUGGCGUUCGAGCUCCCGUGGGAGCGCUACGGGCCACACAACCUGAUCAUGCACGGCUGGGACGAGAUGGUGUACGACGACAAGAACUGGAUUGGGCUCAACACCGGCAGCUUCUUGCUGCGCAACUGCCAGUGGUCGCUUGAUAUGCUGGAUACCUGGGCGCCAAUGGGGCCAAAGGGCCCUGUCCGCAUCGAGGCCGGCAAGGUGCUGACCAAGUCCUUGAAGGACCGACCAGUAUUCGAGGCCGAUGAUCAGUCGGCCAUGGUGUACAUCCUCGCGACACAGCGCGAGAAAUGGGGUGAUAAGGUUUACCUUGAGAAUGGGUACUACCUCCACAGCUACUGGGGGAUCUUGGUCGACAGGUACGAGGAGACGCUUGAGAACUACAAGCCAGGGCUAGGUGAUCACCGGUGGCCGCUCGUCACACAUUUUGUCGGGUGCAAGCCAUGCGGCAAAUUUGGAGACUACCCUGUCGAGAGAUGCCUCAAGAACAUGGAUCGUGCAUUCAAUUUUGGGGAUAACCAGAUCUUGCAGAUGUAUGGGUUCACACACAAGUCACUGGCAAGCAGGAGAGUGAAGAGGAUCAGGAACGAGACCAGCAACCCGCUUGAGACGAAGGAUGAGCUUGGGCUGCUUCAUCCAGCAUUCAAGGCUGUGAAGACUUCCACAUGAUAAUUAGAAAUCUGGUGACAACAGAAGUUUGGGUUGGGGUCAUGGGAUGGAUAUCUUUGUUGUAAUGUGAGGUGUUAGGAGAAUUAUGUUAUGUUUAUUUAUUGGCAUAAGUUAUGUCUUACACGUACAAAUGAGUUAAUGGAUGAACUCAAGUUAUUGGUUCAA